AUGGCAUUUCAGGAGCUCAAGAAAUCGCUGACAUCCUUGUCCAUCCGUAAAUUUCUACUCGAUUUAAUGCCUAUGCCGCGUCCGUGUCCCUUCAGACCCGACUUCGGGCCAGAGGGCUUUCCGCCCAUCCCAAAGAUCAAUUCCGACGCAAUUCGUCAACAAGUGUUUACGCAUCGGAGUUACUAUGCUCGUCCUACGCAUAUCUUUGAGGAUCAGCCCAAUGAUCUCUCCCCGGACAACGAGAAGCUCGAGCACUUGGGCGACACCGUCCUCGCCCUCGUUGUCACUGACAUGAUGAUCAAGGCGUUCCCCGGCCUACAUGUGGGCCCUUCUACGAAAAUCAGAGCGCUUGUCGUCGGGAACGCAACGCUCGCAGAUAUAUCACUGAGAUACAGGCUUCCAUAUCGGCUCCGUCUUCAUGCGGCUCAAGCUAUCACCUUGCGUGCAUCUACGAAUAUCCAAGCCGACGUCUUCGAGUCUUAUGUAGGUGGCCUAUACAAGGACCAAGGACUUGCCGCUGUCGAGAAGUGGCUGCACCCUCUCUUACUGCCAUACGCCGAGGAAGCGUACAAGUUCGUCCGCAAACAAUAUGGUCUGCCUGAAACCAGAUCGUCCUCUGGGACACUCCCUACAUUUCACUACCGCUUGCAUAGGUCGCCGGGGCCGCAACUGCCUAGUAGGAAGAUAUCUUCCGGUAGUUCGAGCGGGACAGCAUCUCCCCCAGAGUCGGAGUCGGAGCCCGGGAGCUUGUCUCCUGCCACCCAGCAUGGCGGCUUAGAUAUGGAAGAGGAAUCGAUCCCACAAGCGGCGUUGGCCAUCGGCCAUCUGGCCCUCUUUAACCAACAGCUGCAGAAGGCAAACCUGGACAUCGAGUGGGUGUACACCGAGGACGGCGAUAUUGGAAUGGAGGGCUUGCUUGGAGCCUUCGAUCCGUCGGGCACUCCGGGUGAUGUCGUGCACAUCGUCGGUACGGAAGAUCCUGCUCCAGGAGCCCGAGGUAUUACUGCCGUGAACCCCGUCGUAAAGAAGGCGACGAGGACGACGCCUAUGUGGACGGUGAAGGCAUUCGUCAAUGGUGAGAUGUAUGGAAGCGGCAAGGGUACGUCCAAGAAGGCGGCUAGGCAUGUUGCUGCAAAGGAGGGGUUGCAGCGCCUGGGGAUCAAUGUUUGGUGA